AUGUAACUCCAUAACAACCCUUCAUCAAAUUGAAAGUAGCAGUUCUACCCCCAACUUUACAUCUUUAUCAAAAUCUCACAACAACGCCUCCAUUUGCUCAGAGCGCAUUUCUGCAAUACAAGCCCACCUAAUGUACCCUUCCCUUCGCCGGAGCCGGCCAUUCUCCGGCCACAUUCACAACGACCAAAACUUCAUAGCAACUCUAAACGACAUCGUUCGAAACAAACGGAGCUGGAAUACAGCACUGAACAGCACAAUAUCCAGUACACUAAAACCCCAUCACGUAGAACAAAUCCUCCUUCAAACCCUCGAUGAUUCAAAAUUGGCUUUACGGUUCUUCAAUUUUCUUGGCCUUCACAAAAAUUUUAAUCAUUCAACGACGUCGUUUUGUAUUCUUGUACAUUCACUUGUACAGUCUAAUCUUUAUUGGCCUGCCACUUCACUUUUACAGACCCUUUUGCAAAGAAAGUUAAACCCAUGUUUUGUUUUUGACAAUUUGUUAGAUACUUACAAAAGGUUUAAUUUUGGUCAUAGUUUGGGCUUUGAUUUGCUAGCGCAAAAUUAUGUACAUGAUAGAAGAGUAUUAGAUUCUGUUUUAAUUGUUAAGUUAAUGUUGGAAUGUUCUUUAGUACCUGAAUUAAGGACUUUGAGUAGUAUGUUUAAUGGGUUGAUUCGAAUUAGACGGUUUGAUUUGGUUUUGGAAUUGUUUGAUAAUGCUGUGAAUUUGGGUGUUAAGCCUGAUGAGUACGUUUAUUCAGCUGUGCUUAAAAGUUUGUGUGAGUUGAAGAGUUUUGAAAAGGCUAAGGAAAUGAUGCGUUGGGUUGAGCGAAAUGGGAGUAAAUUGAGUAUUGUUUUGUAUAAUAUAUUGAUUCAUGGGCUGUGUAAGGGUGGGAGAGUCUCGGAAGCGAUUGAGAUUAAAAGUUUAUUGGGUUUUAAGGGAUUGAAUGCUGAUGUUGUUACGUAUAGUUCUUUGAUUUUGGGGCUAUGUAAAGUGAAUGAAUUUCGGGUUGCUCUAAGUUUAGUGGAUGAGAUGUUGGGGAUGGGUUUGCUUCCGCGUGAUGCUGUAAUGUCGAGUGUUGUUGAUGGAUUGAGGAAAGGUGGUGAUUGUGUAGCUGCUUAUAGAUUAGUUGAUAUGACUGGGAAAGUUGGAGUUGUGCCGAAUUUAUUUGUUUAUAACGCGUUGCUUAAUUCUCUGUGUAAAGAUGGAAAAUUGGAUGAAGCGGAGUCUCUUUUUGAUAGAAUGGAGGAUAGAGGUCUGUGCCCGAAUAGUAUAACUUAUUCCAUCAUGAUCGACUCUUUCUGUAAACAAGGGAGAGUAGAUGAUGCUAUUGUUGUUUAUAAUAGAAUGCUUGAUAAUGAGGUAGAAUUAACCAUAUACCCUUACAAUUCUCUUGUCAAUGGCUAUUGCAAGGCUGGAAAUUGUAGUGCGGCAGAAUCCGUCCUUAAUGAGAUGAUUGAUAAAGGAUUGAACCCGACUGUUGUAACCUAUACAUCAUUGAUAGAUGGUUACUGCAAGGAAAGAGAAGUGCAGAAGGCCUUUCGGCUUUACCAUGAGAUGACAGGCAAAGGAAUCUCACCGAAUACAUUCACUUUCACUGCACUUAUCUCUGGUUUUUGUCGUGCAAGCAUGAUGGUAGAAGCAAGUAAAUUAUUUGAUGAGAUGGUGAAAAUGAAUGUAACUCCUAAUGAGGUCACUUAUAAUGUCUUGAUUGAAGGGCAUUGUAAAGAUGGGAAUACGGAAAGGGCUUUUGAAUUGCUAGAUGAAAUGGUAAAGAAGGGUCUCCUUCCUGACACAUAUACCUACAGAUCUCUGAUAACAGGACUUUGUGCAAAAGGUAGAGUAUCUGAAGCAAAAGAGUUCAUUGAGGACCUUCAAAAACAGCGUCAUUAUCUGAAUGAAAUGUGUUUCUCUGCUCUCUUGCAUGGUUAUUGUAAGGAAGGAAGAUUAAAGGAUGCAUUAACCACUACUAAUCAGAUGGCAGAAAGGGGAAUAAACAUGGACCUUGUAUGCUACGGUGUACUUAUUUAUGGUACUCUAAAGCAUCAUGAUUUGAAAUAUUCAUUAAAUAUUUUGAAGGAGAUGAAUGAUCGAGGAAUGAAGCCUGACGAAGUAAUAUACACUAGCAUGCUCGAUGCAUAUGGAAAAGUGGGAGAUCUUAAAAAAGCUUUUAGAUGCUGGGAUAUAAUGGUCAGUGAAGGAUGCUUCCCAAAUACCGUGACAUACACUGCGAUGAUAAAUAACUUGUGCAGGGCUGGAUUAGUAGAUAAAGCAGAGAUAUUCUACAAGGAAAUGUUGGCUAGGGGUUUGAUACCUAACCAGUUCACAUAUAGUUGUUUCCUUGAUUACCUCACAGGUGAAGGGUACAUGAUAGAAGCUAAACAGCUUCAUGAUGCUAUGCUUAACGGAUAUCUUGCAAACACUAUAACAUAUAAUAUAAUUAUACGGGGGUUAUGCAGAUUGGAUCAAAUUCAGGAAGCGAUGGAUAUUUUGCUUGAAAUGAAGGAUAAUGGUAUCUCUCCAGAUUGUGUAAGUUACUCAACCAUCAUUUAUGAAUUCUGUAGGAGGGGUGACCUGUUAGGAGCAAGUGGCUUGUGGGAAUCCAUGUUGACUAACGGUCUGAAGCCUGAUGCAGUGGCUUAUAACCUUUUGAUUUAUGGUUGCUGCAUCGCUGGAGAAAUGUCCAAGGCAUUUGAAUUGCAUGAUGAGAUGAUAAGAAGUGGUCUGAAGGUGACUCAUGCAACGUAUGCAUCUUUAAUCCAUGGAACCUGAAAAUGAGUUAGUCCAGCAGAUCUGGUAGCACUGCUGCAAGGAUCAGUUACUAUGAUCAAGUAUUAACUAUCGAAAUUCCGGAUAUUUGUACAGGAAGUGAUCAUGUCAACCUUUACUCUAAGAUGCCUCAUCCAUGAAUAGUUCAAUGUCCUGCCUUUUUAUAUGAGGACCACGAACUAAGAGCUGCGCAUCUCCAGAACUUAAAAGGAGAUCGUAGUGUUUGAAAUAUAUCAGACGGUCUCGGUCUCCUUCCUAAGUGGUUCAUAAGUCUUUCUUAGUUUAGACUUCUAAAGACGGCUUGCGCCCCUUGUUCUUGCUUUAGCCUGCGAGAACUUUAUUCAUACAGGCAACUGCUAAUAUGCUGUUGAUGUUGAAGUUUGCAAGCUGGUAUUGCAAUCAUGUAUGAAAAGAGCGUCCAGAUGCUUUAAAUUUCAGGAGUUGCUUGUUUUCGACAUUAGACAUGUAGCAAAGAUGGUACAACCGGUGCAUUUUAGAAGCCAGCACAGUUCUAUGUUGUAGUGUUGUUGCACCAACUGUUUUGUCGUCUAUGGAAUUUCUCACAUUACGGGAAAUUUGAUUCCAUAUAUCCAAGCAGAUGGCAGAAAGGAUUUCUUGUCUCAAUUAUCAACUCCUCACAAAUCCCAAAUAAGUUGAGAUCGGCUGUACAAAUUCACCGUUCUCAUUGCACUCUAUUGAGGUCUGUCUGCACUCAAAUGACAAUGCGGUGGACAGUCUUGCUCAUUUAACACCGUUCCUCUGCGGCCCUCCUUAGCAAACCAUAGCAUAGUAUGCAGCAAUCUUCUAUUGAAGCAGCACAGGAAAGCACCAAGGCUGUUGCUUGCGUUCUCAGCUAUUUUUUGUUGGUCAUGGUGGUAAAGGAUUGAUCUUCUCGCUUGCCUUGCUAACUCUGAGCAAUUGCUGGGUAAGUGUUGACAAGCUAUUAUGCCCCCGUUGAAUGAUACAAAAGGCAACUCUGUGUCAAGUAUUUUUGAUGUCAGAUGCAUAAUCAAAUUAUUUUGAACUUUUUCAUGACCUGUAACAAAAUUCACUGUAUAUUUCCAAUAACAUCACUGUUGGUUACAAA